AUGAAGUUCCUUCUCGCACUCAGCUCUCUCGUGGCCUUCACACUAGCGUCCCCACUCGAUCCCAAUUAUGUUUACCCACUUCCCCAUGAAGGAAAUGAAGAAAAUGUCACUUUCCUAUUUUCCAACGAUUUCUCUUCCCAUCCGGACCCAGUUCACGUCACCGUUCCGCUUGACGGGUUUUACCGCAAUGUUGGAGACGCUGGAUCAGACAGAUACGUGUCUUCAAUCCUCCUGACCGACCAGUCCUCUGCACCGAAUUCUUUCAGCUGUGAUGUCUACGUGGUGGGAAGACUUUUUGACACCCUCACGACUGAUCACUCGAGUACUUCUCUCGGUAGGGAUGUUUUGUUCAAUGGCGUUUCGUUGCAAUGUAGGACCCAGCCUACGUGA